GGAAAAUUAGUGCAGUGAAUUUUAGAAAAUGCACGUAGCAGCUUUUCUUCUUCAGUGCGGCGUUUUUGCUCUGGUGGUCGCAAGUGAAGAAAAUGAUUUCGUUUUAAUCCAAAGAAGCCUUCCAAAGACGUCGCAAAAUUUUUUUAACAAAACCGAGCUGCAUAUCAUAGCCCAAUCUCUGAUCCCAAAAGAAGAUCCAAAUGCAAAACCAAUUCACCAGCCAUCUGGAGCUGGAAAAGUAAGCAAUUUAACCAUAUUCAGCUACAUCAUUGGAGGAAUAAAAGCCGUCGAGGGCCAGUUUCCGUGGCAAGCUUACAUUAUCAUCGACAACAGUUUCUUGUGCGGUGGAUCAUUAAUAAUGCCGAGCUGGAUAAUGACCGCUGCUCACUGUUUACAUGGAACUGCAUAUGAAGUCACGCUUGGUUCCAUAGACAGGUCUAAAAAUCCCACGGGCUCGGUUACGUUGCAAACGACACAAAAAAUCGUCCAUGAAAAUUACCACGACUACAACUUGAAUAACGAUAUUGGACUUUUGAAACUGCCAUCUAGUAUAGAAUUAUCAGAUGUCAUUAAUGUGGUGAAGCUACCGUCUCUCUCCGAUGGCAGUAAAACAUUCGAGGGAGCGACAAUAACUGUCAGCGGAUUCGGAAAGUUCACUGAAACCUCAGCGCCCAGUAAGAGCUUAAACUAUGUCGAAUUGCCUAUCAUAUCGAGCGAGACAUGCGUUGGGUAUUACGGAAGCGAUAUUGUGACCAGUGCGACCAUCUGCACUCUAAUAACCCCAAAAUCGACUUGCUCGGGAGAUAGCGGAGGACCCAUGGUCUACAAGGAUGGCUCGAACACAUUCAAGCAAAUUGGAAUUGUUUCUUUUGGUUCUUCGGACGGGUGCCUACAAGGCCCAUCUGGUUUUACUCGAGUUACCUCAUACUUAGGAUGGCUAUCUGAAAAAAUUGGCCAGGAUGUUUCAGGCAGUAAUGAAACUGAAAGCGCAACAACAGCAGUUCCUCUUGCAGGAACAGCAUCGACUACAACCAUAACAACCACAAAAACACCUGCAACAAAGCCAUCAAAUUGCGCAAAAGCGAAUUUUUCAAAAUUGAGAUUGACGUGCUGCAUGACGCAACCAGUAAAAGAGGCGGUGGUUAUGACAAAAGGCGAGAAAUUUUGCAAAGUAAAUGCGAACGCGUUAAAAGCAUUCAAUGAAUUCACGCUCAACAAAUAUCAAAAUAUUAAAAAUAAUAACAACAUCGAUUUCAACGAUCCUAAAGUUCAACGCAGUCUUGCUAAGAGUGCUUGCUUUGUAAAUUGCUACUUGGGAGCUCAGCAAGUGUUCACCUCGGGUAAUAUUGAGGCUAUGAAACUCAAGAGUUUCCUGACAAAAAACCAAGUUCUUGAUUCAUGGAUAACAUUAACUGAGAGUGCUGUUGACUAUUGUCUUGAAAAAUUUUACAGUGGCGCAUCCAUAAUAUUCAAAAGUGGCAACUUUAAUUGUGAUGGCAGAAUGCUAAUUGUCGUUCAAUGCGUUCAGCAAAAACUGGCUCAGGAUUGCCCUCAGAGAUAUCCUGGAGGAAAGUGUCCUGCAAAUUACAUGCUAUUUGACAGUUGCGGACAUAUAUUUUAGACACGGGCAUACUAACUAAACAAAGAGGAAUGGAAACUAGGCAAAUUAAGUUUUAAGAUACUUCGUCAUUUAAAGAAAAGAAAAAAUUGAAAAUGAACAUUGAUAUUAAACAUAAA